CAAGGUUGGAGCAGCCAGCCAGGGAGAGGGAGGGAAAGAGGCUGCCUUCCUCACAGCGCGCUGCCUGCAGGGCCAGAUAACACAAUGUCCAGACAACAUACUGAAAUUAAGUGCACAAGAUGAAUUUGCUGCGUCUUAUCAAUUCUGCGAUCUUCAACUUUCAGAGCCUACUGACAGUAAUCUUGCUGCUCAUAUGUACCUGUGCUUAUAUCAGAUCCUUGGCUCCCAGCUUACUCGACAAAAAUAAAACUGGAUUAUUGGGCAUAUUCUGGAAGUGUGCCAGGAUUGGUGAACGGAAGAGUCCAUAUGUAGCUGUGUGCUGUAUAGUGAUGGCUUUCAGCAUUCUGUUCGCACAGUAGCAACUGAAGAAUGUCAAGAAUAUCUUGCUAUCAAGCUAGUGGCUUAACGGACUUUGGGCAGCAAAAAAGAUAAAAAGCAUAUUCUAACCCCUCUAUCUCCUUGUUGCGUGUACUGGAUGGGCCAUACUUUUGGCAAGCGUUUCCUUUUUUAUUUUUGUUAGUGGACCAUGGUGUACAGUUUAACAAAAUGUAAUUUUGGAAUUGAAGACCUGUAUUUUGAUUACGUAACGUUAAUUUAGUAGUAUUGAUACUGAUGUGUUAAAUUCUGCAAAAGUCAUUGACAUGCAUUGUAUAUUGGAUUUCAAAGUGGUUAUUUUUAAGCCAUGCAGUUGAAAACGAAGUUAAUAAAUAUAAAUCAGUUUGA